CACGCACAUUUUAUGUCGGGUUGACAGUCAUUAUGAAAUAAAGAAGAUUCUCCACAACACUUCUAGACGAGAUUGACGAGAAGCGAAACCCAACUGACUCUAACCAUUUUUCUUGAUCUAGCAAGAGAGUUUGUGCUUUUCAUUUGUGUGCUGUUGUUUGUACUUCAGCAUGGCGGUCGUCAUCCGUUUACAGGGACUAAGAGUCACUGCAGGUUCCGAGGAUAUUCGCAAGUUCUUCACUGGCCUCAAAAUUCCAGAUGGAGGAGUGCAUAUAAUUGGUGGGGAGCAAGAGGAAGCUUUCAUUAUCUUUGCUUCAGAUGAAGAUGCAAGAAGAGCCAUGAUACGAUCAGGAGGUUGCAUCAAGGGUUCACCUGUAGCUUUACUACUAAGUAGUAAAUCAGAGAUGCAGAACCUGCUUGAAAGAAGUACAAGAGAUGUAGAACUAGAUCAAAAGAGACGACUGGAGGAGAAUGCAAGACACGCCCGAAGACCUGUGGACCCUGAGGCGGGCAGGAGAUCAGCUAGCCGAUCAGACUAUACUCCUCCACCCCAGCACCAGAGGGCUUCCAACACUAAUGAUGACUUGCUUGUGUUUCUUAAAGGGAUGCCCUUUUCUGUGACUGAAGAACAAGUCCGUGACUUUUUCUGUGAUCUACUUAUUGAUGAAAUAGUCUUAAUGAAAAAUGGAAAUGGUUCCAAAAAUGGGAAAGGUUUUGUCAAAUUUGCAACAAGAGAGGAUGCAAACGAAGCUCUGAACAGAGAUAGGCAAUACAUUGGGUCAAGGUAUGUUGAAGUUUCCUCAACAACAGCAGAGGAUUGGCGUCGGGCUACUGGUAAAGUGCCAAUGGCUGUCAACAAGCAUGACAACUUUGAAAGGGACAGAUCCCCUAUUCGACAUCAGAGGAAUCCCCAUUAUGUGAGGUCCCAGUCCCCUGUGGCUCAGAGGCCAGAUGCUACUUCGGAUGAGGAGUACUGUGUAUUGAUUGAAAAUCUGUCCUAUACGGUGGAAAAAGAAGACAUAAAAAAGCUUUUUCGCAAUGCAAAGCUUGAGAAUGACCAGAUCCUGCAUCUAAUUGGCAAUGAUGGAAAAAGAACAAGAUCUGCAUUUGUGCUGUUCAAGAACCUGUGUGACUAUUGUGAUGCCUUGACUCAUGAAAAAAGGCCCUUUUGGAACCGAUUUAUUCAUACCCGGCCAAUCUCAAGAGAAAAAAUGAUCAGCCUUCUGCAAUCUCAGAGCAUGGAUGCCGGACCACCUGGAAACUCUGAAAUGUUUCAGGAAAGUCCUCCAGCUUUCCUCAGCGAUCCCUGUGACUCAGAGAAAAUGUGUCUGUUUGUGCGGAACCUACCAUUUGAUGUACGGAAAGUUGAAAUCAUGGACUUUUUCCUUGGGUUUAAUAUCACAGAGGACAAGGUGUUUGUGCUCCGUGACCAUACUGGUUCAGGAAUUGGGAAGGCUUUGGUUGUCUUUCGGUCUGAGGCAGAGGCUAUAAAUGCACUCUCUCUCAAUGGACAAAGGUUUCUUGGGUCAGAAGUUAUACUGAAAUGCAUUUCACGCUCUCAGAUGCGUCAAUUGGGUGUUGAGCCACCAAUGUUGCAAGAGACAAUUGUGCAAGAGCCACAGCAAAGAAAUGCGCGAUACUCGGGCAGGAGAGACGAGGAAACCUAUCCACCUGGCAACGAAGGCUACCCUGACUUAGGAAUUCCUUCUGAUGGUAACAUACCAAUGAUUAAUGAACAGGCUCCCAUCUAUGGAGGCAGUGAUUAUGAGCCCUAUGCAGUACGCCGUUCUACUCCACAAGGCAGGGGUAAUGGUGAACGUGGUAGCUUUGGUUCCUCUGUGCCGCAUUUUGAUGGCCCCACCUGUGUUAAGCUACUUAAUUUGCCAUUUCAAAUCCGAAGUGAAGAAAUCUAUGACUUUUGCUACGGAUAUCGCAUUAUUCCUGGAUCUGUUUCAGUGCAGUAUGACCAGAGUGGGAAAUCUAAAGGCUCAGCGACUGCAGUGUUUGAGUCCCGUAGGGAGGCGUUAACAGCAGUUGAGGAACUGAGUGGAAGACCGAUAGGUCAAAGAAAAAUACAGCUACUACUAGCUUGAGUGACAUUGCUUUUCAGUUCACCUAUCAUGCCCUUGUAGUGUUGUUGGGACAUGUAUACAAUACUGAUUUAAGGAAAGCCUUUUUCUUUUUGAUCUUAACUUUCAAUAUUUUUGAUGAUUUAUAUUGCUGGGAGUGCAGUAAAUCUGGCUCGGCUUUGUUUUUUUGUUAUUGUGAUAAGGCCAUUUAGUCUAUGAUUAAUUAAGGUUUUUGUAUGCAAUGUUUAUCUUAAAGUUAAACACUCAAUUUUUUUUCUAUGAAAUGUGUUUGUUAAAUGUAACUUGCAACAAUUGUUUGAUUUGUUUGACAAUGUUUUUACAUUUUAUUUUACCAUGUAGUUGUUGUGAAAAGUGUUAUCAAUAAAAUGCAUACCUUUUU